ACGGCGCGAUUUUUGUUUGCUUGUUGUCAAGUGCAAUUAUUGAUUUUUGGAUCACAAACAUUUUAUAAGAUAUUCAUAGUUGUAUUAUCGUAAAUCUUGAGCUGGGGCCACUUAUACUAUAUCGUCAGACUGUCUGGCAGUUAAUAGGCAAAAAUUCGACCUGUAAGCUUCUUAAAACAAAAUGUUGUGUCAAGUUAUUUAGUUGUCACAUUUCGACGUAUUCUACUCUUUUGUACUGUUUAACUGAUAAUGUUUUGUGCUUCUCUAGUUCCUACACAAGUAUAUUUGUAUCCAGUUGUUAUUUAGAAUAAACUUAGCGCAUAUAGUGGCAAGUUUUUAUAAUUGUUACAGUAUUUUAUGCAACUGUAUUAACCACUGAUCAGUAUUUGCACGCUUCCUAUCGCACAGAUGGAGAAAAACAAACACUUUGUAGACACAGAAUACUCCUCCGGUGAUUCUAAAAUGAUCAAAUCCAAACAGAAGUUUGCGGAAGAGAACAACAACGAGGUUGAUGAGUUGACGAAAGAUUUCUCGGAGAUGGGAUGUAUUGUGAAUCCAGAGAAGCAGCCAUCUAACAUUUGUGUGGAGACAUGUGUAUAUGAGUCCUCCGGAGAUGAGGCGAAUGAGAACGAAGCUGAUGGUUAUUCAGAUGAGUUUGAGGAGGAUAAGAGCGAGGAUGAGCUGAAGUUGGAGCCGGUGUCUCCGAAGAGCAGUAGUCAUGGCACCGAGUUGGCGGUGAAGCUGACUAAUAGCCGGUCCUCCAUGUCUAGUAAGCCACCAGCUACAGUGUCCGGUCGAUCUACUAGUACUGGCUCCCAAUUCGUCCCAACAACCCGUCGCGUGAACAUGUCAUUUUCCAACGACCGUCUCCGCGAGAUCGAGCGACACAACCACAUACUGCUGAACAAGAUCCUGACUGCCAGGAACCGGAGCAAGUCCUCCAUACCGCCCGCGGAGCCGCCCAGGAGGCCGCUGCCCCCUGCGGCUGUGCAGAGGAAGAUGUUGCAAAAAAAGAUUGAUCAUGACAAUAUGAUUCUGUUGAAGAAGAUCCAACGCGCCAAAUCAUCAGCUUGCGGCGUGCGCCGUUGAUGUUGGCGCGGGCGAAUGCCGCCCGAACACGUUUCUACAACAAUAUGUCGUUCUCGAUCAAAACUCACCACAUUCUCGCUCGUGCAUAACGCUGUAACUGCAAGUGGUAUCUCUAUUUUGUCGCUCAAGCACGCUCUAAGGCCUGAGUGGUCGCUCGGAGUUCGUUCGGCGGGGCGUCGCCUUUGCGCACGCUAUGCAUCGUCGACUCAGGUCACUUGUUUGAGCUUCAAUUGUUUGGUAUUCACGCCGCACGCGUCUCGCUCCACGCCCAAUAUGAGCGAGCACUCAAGCCUUACAGGUAAUUCGUAUAAAGAUCACAAAUUUAUCUACGGUAAGCGACAGUUUGGGAGCUUUUAUUUGAGAACGUCACAUUUGCUUGUACCAGCGGCUAAAUUGUAUGGGCAGCGUAUAGAAUUUUGCUGCUGUACUUACUUUUAUAUUUAUUAUACUUA